CCUGCAAAAUGAAAUUAGACAAGCUUGCAAUGUAACGUAAACAAAAUUUACCACAACACCACCACCUGAAGGAUUAGGAACAGCCGGAAUUUGGACGUAUUUACAAAUUUUAUUAUUUGUAUAGAAAAAAUGGCCCACUAUCAGUGUAGAUACGAAGAUAUAAAGCAGAUGAAAGUUAUAUUCACAGAUGUGUGCCUCGACUGUGAAUGACUAUUCAAGUUGCUUGCGAUUAGAUAAUUCGAGUUUGUCAACGUUUUUCAAAACUGGAUUAUUGAAUAACGUGCAAAGUGAUUAACGUAGAAUCAAAUAGGAAUAGAAAGUUGUAAACAUUUGUUACUUUUGUUGCACAUGUCUGUGGAGUUCAAGGUGCUUGAAGAAUUUAUUCAACAUGUCGACAAAUAUUUGCUUCAAAGAAUCCGACGAAAUGUUCCCCUACUGUGUGGCAAUGUUUUUUCCCAAAGAUGAGCCAAUAUGGAAAAAAAUUAAAUACCCCAGCAGAAUGACUUCGAAGUGGAAGUCGGUAUUCAAGAGGCCACUUUCUCACGAUUCGACAAAUCCUCGACCGGUCGAAAACCACGAAGAGUCCAGCGCUAUAAUGCAGGAAAUGACGGAACUCCCAGCGGACUUCAUCCUGGGUCCCGAUCCCAAGGCAUCCAAGUCCCGGCCAGUUUUCAACUCCAGUCAAUCCGCCAUUGAACAACCGACGGUGGAACUCAGGAACAACGAUUCAAGGAAAUCUCACGGAACUUCCCUUGGGGCGAUCGAGGACCUACUACAGUGUCCCAUUUGCCUCGAACGACUUCGUACACCACGCAUGAUGCCGUGCCAGCACACCUUCUGCCUCGAAUGCUUGGAGGAGCAGCUUAACUACUUGGGAAACGAUGGAAGAACGAUCAAGUGCCCGCUUUGCAAGUUGACGGUGGUCGAAUCGGUGCCUCGUGACCUACCAACGAACCUGUACAUCGAGAAUCUUCUGCGAGUGAUGGGAAACGUUGGUGGCGAGAGUCUGGAACACUUGGUCUUCUCGAGUCCUGUUGUGACCUUUGCGCCCUGCGUAGAUCAGCCGUCAUCCCUCGUCCAGGGACCGUCUUCACUGAUGUCUAUGCCGGAGCCUGUGGUCCAGGAAAUCCGGUGCGUUAAAUGCGAGACCGCGUGCACGAGGGAAAAUAGAUGCAAACACUGCAAACAGAUAUUUUGCAGCGUUUGCUGGGUCGCCCAUAUGGACGACCUCAAAGAGCAACUCGGCAACAUCACAGAGCAGCUCAGUAACACGACGGAUCGUUUUCAACACAGGAUUCAAGAUUACAAGACAAGGGUUGAUCAGCUGAUGGAAUACAUUGAUCGUGACAUCGAGUUGCGAAUCGGAGAACUGCGGCAGGAGCGCGAAGAGAGAAUACAGCAAGUCCAGGAUUCGGCCAGAAAGGGUGAACAUCUCGCUGAGGAGCUCAAAGGGAAGAUAAUAAGAACAAAGGAGGAGGUCGAUGCUUAUCAAUGCUUCAAGUUCGACACUCUCGCCGACAAUCAGGAGAAGGUCAAAACAUUCUUGGCUCUUCAUCGACGAGCAAGCGAACUCAUGACAGCGGUUGCUUACUGGCAGCCAGAGAUUAGUGAUUCUCUGGACGAUCAGGACGAAAAGCAGAGGAUAAAUUUUGCCACGUCAGAGGAAACUGCUCAGUUUUAUUACAGGAGCAAAACUUUUACACCGAGGAUCGUAGCUGGCCGGGGAAUAGUUCAGAGACCUUCAGGGAUCACUAUGGACCCCUGGAAAAAACAUUUCCUAGUGGCCUGUCCGGGCACUCGGCAAGUUUUGGUCCUCGACAAGAAGUACCGAGUACACAGACGCAUACAGCAUGAGGGUAUGAUGUCUCCCCAGGGUGUCGCCUUCCUCGAAGACUUCGAAGAGCUUUUCGUCACUGACAAGUGGAAGCACUGCAUCCACGUGUUCAACAGCAAGGGAACGCUUCUCCGGCGGCUGUGCACGAAGGGUCAAGGCGACGGGCAACUCCGUAGUCCUGAGGGAAUCGCGGCUCACCCCUCGAGGAAUCUACUCUACGUUGCGGACACGGGAAACGACCGAAUCCAUAUCUUGACACCCGACGGUGCAACCUUCGCAACCAUCGGACCGACCGGGAACGCUGAAACCGUCCUGACCAAAGCUGGGGUGGAAAUCACGAAUAACGCUACGCACUUCAAUCAGCCCACAGCCGUCGCAGUUUCGGAAACUGUGAUCGUCGUCGCUGAUUGUGGGAAUCACAAAAUAAAGAUAUUCGACCACGCCGCGAACCUUCUUCGCACCAUUGGAACUCCAGGAACGCAUAGAGGGCUGCUGAGAUCUCCGGAGACAGUGACGCUGGACCCGAAGGGAAACGUGAUCGUCGGCGAUUCCGGUAAUGGGAGAGUUCAGAUAUUUACAGCCACAGGUGAACUGCUAAGAGUUUUGGGAUCCAAGGGAACGAAGGAGGGCCAGUUUGGCUGGGUUUCGGGCAUCUUCGUCAAAGAUAAUUGCGAAAUUGUCGUCGCGGACAGCAAGAAUUAUACCAUUCAAGUAUUUUAAAAAUAUCGACACCGCACCGCGACUGAUUCGUAUUACACGUAUGGGAUAUGGUGCAUUCCGUACACGUGUAAUCUACCUCGCCAAACCGGUUCACGCUUCGUAAAAUGUUUUUUUGUUUUUUUUUCAGACAAUGAUAGUAUCUGUGAUUAUAUUCAAGAUUUUUCUUCGAAAACGUUUAAAAGUUGGCAUUUUAUAAAAUAUAUUAAACAAUUAAGUAUAAUUCAAAAAAUGUAGCCCGCACAGAGUAAUGUACAGGACGUGAAAGUUUCAGUUUUAAGUGAGUUUUAAUUUAAGAAUUAUACUCAUUGUCAAUUGAAACUCGGACAUUCUUAGUUUUUGUAUAUAUUUUAUCAACUGUAAACGUUAUCGAAUAAAAAUCUGCAAGAAAUCACAUACAGGUACUGUUAUUAGCUAAAAAGAAAAAACCUGUUGACAAGGAUUCAAUAUCAUACGUUUUGAGAAGGCCUUGGUCAGUUCGAUUACCUAUAAAAUGCCCCACAUACAUCAACAAAGAAUAAAAACUUUUAUUUUCUCCAACGUUUGUGAAUAAUGGCAACUAAAUAGAAUUACACAUUUUUUUUUAAUCAUUUCAUCACAUGGUGUCUGUCAUUAUCUGUCACAUGUUUACUUAAACGUUUAGGUAUAAGCAAACAUAGUAUUUUAAUUUGUUAUAAUCAAAAAAUGUCACAAAAUAAAUCAAACUCAACAUAUUUUAAUAUUCCCUCACGUAAAAUCGACAAUUUAUCUCACGUACUCCGAGUUUGAUAAAAAAAAAAAUCAUCGAGGGGCUUGGAAUGUUUACCUUUCCCGCAAAUCGCGACCGCAUCGCAAUCACCGCAGCGUUAUAUAGAAAAAUAAAAGGAGUAAAUAGAUAUUCCGGUAC